AUGUCUUCUGUUAACGAGACCACAAUUCACUACAAUCAGUCAUAUAUUAAUUUUAAAUUCACAUGGAACAAUUUUGUAGUUCCAUUGGUUCUCAUACCAUGGAUUUACUUAAUUCCAAGUCUAAUAGUAACUGGUAAAAUUAUUAAAACUUACUGGAAAUCCAAAUAAAAUAAUUUGGAAAAUCAAAUAAAUCACCACUUAUUUAUGGCAAUUUCAAUGUCCCAAUUAAUAAGUAUUUCAUAUUUUUUCUUUGAAUAUUUUGCAUCCAGACUUCCAGCAACCGGUAUAUUCACAUCGUAUUGUGCAAGCAUUGCACCAAAUCAUUGGCUCAAAGUUUUGUUUUUCUUGGAAACGUACACGAAUUAUUUAUCUCUUGAAUUUCCAAUUAUUCUGCCCAUGGUUCGGUUGAUAAUUGUAUUUUUUCCAAAUACUCAUGAAGAGGUUUGCAUCAAUUUGAAACAUGGGCAAAUGUGCCGACACGAAACCUCUCUUUUCGUGAGCCGAUCAAGUUUUAAAACGCGGAUUGAUACCUUUAUUUUUAGCUGGCAUAUUUUACUGACAAAAAAAAUGUUCGAAAAUUGGACUUAUGGCGUAUUGUUUUUAUUUAAUCGAAAACUUUGUGCUAUGCAGGUGUUUUUCACCUGA